AGCUGAUGUUUUUCUGUGUUUUUCUUUGACAGUUGAUCAACCAAAUCAUCCAAUUUUGAGUUUUAUAUUUUAGUGUAAUUGACAACAAAAAUAAAAUCUGCUAUUGCAAUCUGGUUCACCGUUCUAAUGGAUAAAAUUUUAAAUCUAGAUGAAACUUAUCAGUAAAUUCAUUUAAGUUUGCUUAAGGCAACUUUAGCUUGAAUAACAUGAUUAUCAGUGGAGUUCAAAAGAUCGUUCUUUAUGAGACCAAAGCGAGAUACUUCAUUGUUGGUUCUAAUAAUGCGGGUACCACAUUUAGAGUGAUUAAGAUUGAUCGCACUGAACCUAAAGAGCUUGUCUUGGUUGAUGAUGGCGUUAAAUAUAACAAGAAGGAAAUUACUGAGUUAUUGGCUCGCAUCACAAAUGGGAACAAGAAAAAAACGCCUCAAACACCGAAUCGGAUCUCAGCUUAUGGAAUAUUUGGCUUCGUUCGGUUUCUCGAAGGUUAUUAUAUGAUUUUGAUAACAAAGAGAAGAAAAAUUGCUCAAAUUGGUCACCAUAACAUCUAUAAAAUAUUGGAUACGAGUAUGCUUUACAUUCCUAAUGAUAUUGAAAGAAACAAUCCAGAUGAAUCAAAAUAUUUGAAAAUGUUUCAAAAUGUUGACCUUUCUAGUAAUUUUUACUUCAGUUAUAGUUAUGAUUUGACUCAUACACUUCAACACAAUUUGUUGCCUCUUAAUUAUAAUCACCAUUUUGUGCAAAGAGCAGAUCAAACAAUAUGGCAAGGAAAAUUAGAACUGGAAAAAGGUCCGUCAUUGAAUAUUGAAGCCAUCAGAACCCAGCCUAAUUGGAAAUUUGUUUGGAACGAAUAUUUGUUGAGUCGAGUCAUUCUGCAUCCAGAUUGGCUUCUAUAUGUGAUUCAUGGUUUUGUGAGUCAGACGGAUAUCUGUGUUUUUGGUAGACCCAUCUAUUUGACUUUGAUUGCUCGUCGUUCGAAAAAGUUUGCCGGGACUCGUUUUCUAAAGCGUGGAGCAAAUUUAGCCGGAGAUGUAGCCAAUGAAGUUGAAACAGAGCAAAUUGCAUUCGAUGCAUCGCUUUCAUCUCUUGACGUUGUCAAGUACACAUCUUUUGUUCAAAUAAGAGGUUCGAUUCCAUCUCAUUGGUCUCAAGACAGUUUCAAAGUUGUUCCAAAGCCACAAAUCACGACAGAUUUUGUUGAUCCAUAUUUUCAAACAGCAGGUCGACAUUUCAAUGAUCUUCUCCAACGAUAUGGAUCUCCUGUAAUUGUUUUAAAUUUGGUCAAGAAACGUGAAAAGAAGCCUCAUGAAAGUGUUUUAUCUAAGGAGAUUAAAGAGGCUAUUCAAUACCUAAAUCAAUUUGUACCGCAAAAACAUGCCAUUAUCUAUAUUGGUCUGGAUAUGGCUCGAAUAAACAAGUCCAAAGAUGUUAAUGUGAUGGAAAAAUUGUCUAACAUUGGAUAUAGAAUGCUCAAAUUAACAGGAAUUUUUCAAAGCAAACAAUCAAAUAAUCUCCCUAAUCCAUCAUAUUUAAGUAAACUUGGCGGUGUUGCUAUUUCAACUGGACAAGUAGUACAAACUGGAAUUGUUCGAGUUAACUGCGUUGAUUGUUUAGAUCGAACCAAUACAGCUCAAUUUGCGCUAGGAAAGUGUGCCUUGGCCUAUCAAUUAUAUGUUCUUGGUGUUCUUUCCACUCCUACUUUAGAGUUCGAUACUGAUGCUAUCAGAAUGUUGGAAGAGAUUUAUGAAGAUCAUGGUGAUACAUUGGCUCUUCAAUACGGCGGAUCGCAAUUGGUUCAUCGUAUUAAAACAUAUCGUAAAAUAGCUCCACUCUCAUCUCACUCUAGAGACAUCAUGCAAACCUUAUCUCGAUAUUAUAGUAAUACAUUUUCUGAUGCUGAUAAACAAGAUGCUAUAAAUUUGUUUCUCGGAGUCUUCAGACCUGAACCAGGUUUACCUUAUAUUUGGGAUUUGAGCACUGAUUAUUACUUACACAAUGGAGAGAUACUCGUUAAAACACUGUUCAACCAAUCAUUAACUCCAAUUACACAGUGGUGGGAUGACAGAAUCGCUCAAUGCUUACCUAGAUCAUCACUAGAAAUUUUCAAAGGAUCUCCCAACAACAUAUUUUACGAUGCAUCUAUUAAAGAUGUUGACAUGAUGACUGAUGGUUUCUGUGAACAAUAUCGUCCCCAUGAGUUAACAAUUUUAGCCAAUUAUUUUCUCUUCGAAAUUAGUCACACGGAGAGACAUUUUAUGCCCAACUGUACUGUAAUUAAAGAACAUAGUCCAUUUUUUGUUCGUCAAAGGCCUGGAAAACGAAAAUCAUCUUUACCUACCUCGAACGUUUUGCCUCCUAAUCCAUCUGUAUCUGGACAUGUUUCCACUUCUUCCAAUUCUACUGAUGAUGAAGGUGAUGACGAUUAUUCGAGUGAUGAAGACAUCAGCUUAUAUGGUUACAAGUAUUCAGCUCCAUCCGUCUCAUCUAUCAGCUCCAAGUCAGAUUCCUUUGAUUACUUUAAUCGUGAAUGUUUUCAAGUGAAUUAUGGUGCCUUGUAUAAAACUCCAGAACCAAAAGACAUUGAUUUGUAUACAAAAUAUGUCAAUGAUGGUAUCGCUGCUGGUGAAUAUGGAAUUAAAAAAUCAACUUUAAUGGAAACUGAUAGUAAAUCAGUUUUUUCAUUGAGAUUCGAUGGAUUCAGUAUCUCAAGCAUGAAAUUUGAUUCCAAAAUUACUCAAGCUAGUCCAAAAAGUAAAUUUAUUUAUGAAGAAUACGUUAAACAAAAUGUUAUUGGUUAUUCAACUCCAACCCCACAAACACUGAAUUUUUACCAAGAAUAUGUUUCUACUGUUACAGAUAAAUCGUGUGUUUAUCAAUUUUAUUGAUAACAUUAUUAUUAUGUCAAUAUUUUAUACAAAUGUUUUACAAAUUUUAUAAUAUUAUCAAUUAUGUAUUCUAAGAAUUUAGUAUCUUUACUAAUUUCUAUAGCAAUCACCAUUUAUUAUUUAUAGCAUCUUGCCAUCUGGAAAAUUAAAUGAUUUGCAUGGAAA